UGACCAGAGGUAGUUCGGAUAAGCGAUAGAAGAUGAGUGUGUGAGUGAGAGUAAACUUUCUGUACUAUAUUUAUGUUCUGUAAAGCUGCUUUGAGACAAAGUCCAUCGUUAAAACUAUACAAAUUGAAUUAAAUUGGCACUUUAUUAAAUAAAAUAUCUUUGUUGUCAGUGUUCAGUGCGUUUUUUUUUGUCUGUGUGACUGUGGUCGUGGUUCUUCAGCUCAGUGGUUUGGUAGGUUGUAGCUUUUUCAGGAAGUGACAUUUCUCACUCGUUCUCUCGUCGGCACUGCACUGAAUGCCACAUUUCCAGAGGUAGUGCUUAAUGUUCGUAUGAUGGUGUUGCAUUUUGACACGAUAUUUUUCAGUGUGUGGAUGCUUCAUGGUUGCUGGAUGUUUGUCAAAGGUGAGCUAUUGUGCAAAAGAGAACUUUUAAAACGCUGUAACGUUUCUGCUGAGCUCCAGUCUGAUGUCCUGCUGCCGUGUAACUUCGAUCCGGUUCUCCUCGGAUCAAAUAAGACUGCAGAUGUAGCAGUAGUGUGGAAACAGAUAAACACAACAACACACGGUUUACUGGAGAUCAGUCAGCAUGGAGUAGAGAGGUUCUGGAAUAAUAGAAAUGGACGUGUUAAGCAUUUUCCUAAGCUCUCUGCGUCAGGAAACUUCUCCAUCCUUCUUAAGAAAGUGCAGUCGUAUGAUCUGGGUCUCUACAGCUGUGAGCUUCAUCAUGGGACCAACUGCAGUAUUGGGUAUCAGGAGAUACAACUGGGUCAAGACCAAUACACACAUCAGUCAAUAUGGAUCAUAGUAGGAGCGUUAACAGGAGGACUUGUGCUGCUUGCUGUACUCACAACCUAUUUAAAUGCAAACCGACGAAGAAAUAUCAUUAUUACCGAAACAGACUACGGAAGCGUCGAGGGCCCAGUGGCAGAGCCAGACAGAAACGAUCAAGUAAUUGAGAAUCCGAUAUAUGACACUUCCUCUCGACAAGAGACGAAUAACUGUCUGAGAGAAGAGGAAGGGAUUUCAUCUGAUACUCCAGUUUAUGCUACUGUCCAGAAAGGAAAAAAGCUUAAUAAACCCUAAAGGAAGCCGUACUUCAAAGGGUGGAAAAAAAAAGUGAAGAUUUUUAUUAGUAAAUCAGUUGUGAAGACAUUGUGAUGAAAUGCAUUGUUUAAUCUUUAAUAAUUUCACUCACAUGUUAGAAAACUGACAUUAGACU